CGGGGUGUUGUUAUUCACACCAUAGCCGUGUGUACCAGUAUUCACGGUCAGUUUCGGCCUUGAAGAAAAACCACACAUUGACACGCACCUCACUAGACAGACAAUGCAGCGGAGAAAGACGAGGACCGAAACAUUCUACGUAGCUGCUGUGAUGCUGCUCACAGCGGUUACGGCUGUUGACCUGUUCCUUCGCCUACGACGAGAGCAGCUUCCCACAGCGAGUGAGGAGCGCAACUACACAUGGAUCGGAAAUGACCACCCUGCGCGCUUAGACCUCGAUUUGCCUCCUGCGCGGAUGCUCACGGAGGAGACCGUGCACUAUCAGCUGGACGCGGACGCCGAAUGGGCCUCCAUCUUCCCUCUGGGAGGCGGAUUUGUCAGGCUCGGGCCGCACAAACGCGCCUUCGGCCUCUCCAUCUUUCACCAGUUCCACUGCCUCGAUAACAUCCGCCUCGCCAUCAUGGAGUCGAACAAGUCGCGCAUCCUUCCGACCCACCUCGCCCACUGUUUCGCCUACCUGAGGCAGAUGGUUAUGUGUCGGUCGGAUACGUUUUUGGAGCCGCUCCUGCCACCAUACGAGGAGAAGCACGUCAAUUCUUGGUAUGAUCACGAGUGUCUAGAUUGGAGCGUGGUCUAUGAUGCCGUCGAGCGCAACUUCGAGGAAUUCAAUAGCACCCAUUCUUCACGCGAGACAGAGGAUGAGCUCCACUUUUUAUAGUCUUGUUUUUUGUUGAGUCCUCGAGUUGCUGCACGCAUGUCGUGACAACGAGUUUUAUACGGAUGAAGUGUACUAAAUGAUAGUAAUAACGCAAUAAAC